UUAUACCCUGUGGCUUAGCAUUCCAGAUAGAACUAAGUUCUUGCUCAGCAAAAAUGGAGUUCAUGAACAUGAGGCUGGUUUAUGCUUUCAUUCUGAUGAUGGGUGCUCUUUGCUUGUACUUCAGCAUGGAGCCUUUUGAGGAACCACCAAUUGCUUUCAAGAAAGGUCAUGGGAAGUUUCUUCAGCUUCCAGAUAUAGACUGCAAGCAGAAGCCCCCUUUCCUUGUGCUGCUGGUGACUUCAUCCCACAAGCAGCUGGAGGCUCGCAUGGCCAUCCGCAAGACAUGGGGUAGAGAAACAAAGGUGCAGGGGCAGCCUGUGAAGACCCUCUUCCUUCUGGGGGCCUCAGAUAGCCCUGAUGAGAUGAAUGCCACAGCUCAGGAGGGCAAGCAGCACCAUGACAUCAUACAGAAGGAUUUCAAGGACGUCUAUUACAACUUGACCCUGAAGACAAUGAUGGGCAUGGAAUGGGUGCACCACUAUUGUCCUCAGGCAGCUUUUGUGAUGAAAACAGACUCAGAUGUGUUUGUGAAUGUUGGCUAUCUGACUGACCUGCUGCUGAAGAAAAACAAAACCUCCAGGUUCUUCACGGGCUACAUAAAGUCCAAUGAUCUUCCCAUCAGGAAAAAGUCCAACAAGUGGUUUGUGAGUAAAUUUGAAUAUCCCCAGGACAAGUACCCACCAUUUUGCUCUGGGACAGGUUAUGUCUUUUCUAGUGAUGUGGCCAGCAAAGUAUAUGAUGUCUCAGAUAGUGUUCCAUUCCUGAAGCUGGAGGAUGUGUUUGUUGGGCUCUGCUUGGCCAUGCUGAAGAUCCAGCCUGAGGAACUCCAUACUGAACCAACCUUUUUCCCAGAUAGCUUAAGGUUCUCCGUGUGUCGCUUUCAGAAAAUUGUGACCUGCCACUCUGUAACUCCCCAGGACUUACUUAUUUACUGGCAGAUACUGGAGAACUCUCAGGAACAGGAUUGCUCUUCUGUCUGAGGGGAACCUCUGGUGCAAACUUUUAAUAACCUUUGGUGAUACUUUGGGAAGAUCUGGGAUGGCCUUGCUGGGAACUUUCAGGGGUAGAGAGAGAAGGAGGAAAGGAGGAGGAAGGCAAAGAGUGCUGUUCUCAAUGCCCUGCAUACACUAGAGCAAUAACAGAUCUUGACUUUCAGGCCUUUGCCCUAUGUUCUCAAUGUUUGAGACAUGCCUUCAUCUGCUCAUUUCAGGGCUCAGUAUACAAAUGAAGCCAUCGAUGUGAUCAUUCCCAUUUUACAGGUUGGAAUGAGCAGCCAUGGCAACUUACUUAUCCAAAGACUCCCAUGAAGGCGUAAGUCCAAAACAAUUGUACACCAGUUUGGAAUUAUAAUUAAUAAAAACAUUAUUUAUUUAAGGGGAAAAAACUUACAGAUCACACUCCCAGACAACAGCCCUCUGCGUGAUCAGGAAUGAAGUCUAAUAGCCAGAAGCCAGAUGCAGGAGAGAGAGAGUGAAUGGCUACAGCUGCUUUUUAAAGCAAAAGAGACCACGCCCAAGUGGGCUGGUAUCUU